CAAUGGACAGAAAGCUUGUCCCGAGGGUUGGUUCUAACGGUGGCUGCCGUCGCUGCAGCAAGUAUUAUGAGGCGAUAUUAUCGUGAUCCGGAAACGAGUUAUCGCGGUAAUCUUCAAUGAGGCACCGGGAAUCGUGUGCCUAUUACCUACCUAUUAUGUUCUACAGGAACUUUUGUUUACAAUCAUCUCCGGUCGUAAUGGGUAGCUUCAGUACUAACCCUCAGUACCUUCUUAGACUGUAACGGCGGCGGCGAAGUCGGCAUUAGGCCGCCGGUUAAAUUCGAUUUCCCGGGCAUCGUUAUUAACCGCCGCCGAAGAUCGUUGCCUCCACUUACCUCCCCCCCCGAUCAUCAAUGUGUAUUAAAUAUCAUUAUCACCUGAAUUCAGCCUCAGGUGCUGCUGCUAUUCCUCUCCCUCCAUCUUAGCCCUCACCUCUCUCCCCCUUUCUCUGCUUCACCACCGAGAAAUUCGAUCUGGCAUCAUGCCCUUGGUUCGCAACCCCAUCUUGCCAGGAUUCAACCCGGACCCCUCGAUAGUCCGGGUUGGCGAGGACUAUUACAUCGCGACGUCAACCUUCGAGUGGUAUCCUGGGGUGCAGAUCCACCACUCCAAGGAUCUUGCGAACUGGGAGCUAGUGACCCGGCCCCUGAGCCGCAAGUCGCAACUGGACAUGCGCGGGAACCCCGACAGCUGCGGCGUGUGGGCCCCCUGUCUCACACAUGAUGGCGACAAGUUCUGGCUCGUCUACACAGACGUAAAGCGCAAAGACGGUUCCUUAAAGGACACCCAUAAUUACAUCGUCACCGCGCCGUCGAUAGAGGGACCUUGGUCGGACCCGGUGUACGUCAACUCCUCCGGCUUCGACCCUUCGCUCUUCCACGACGACGAUGGCAAGAAGUGGUUUGCGAACAUGCUGCAGGACCACCGCUCGCGACCCCGCCAAUUCGCCGGAAUCGUCCUGCAAGAGUUCGAUCCCUCCGUCGGCAAACUCGUCGGCCCUAAGAAAAACGUUUUCCUCGGCACGGAGCUCGAUCUUGUUGAGGGGCCUCACCUGUACAAGAGGAAUGGGUGGUACUAUUUGCUGACAGCUGAGGGCGGCACCGCUUACAAUCAUGCCUGUACCCUGGCGCGUUCCCGCGACAUCUGGGGCCCUUACGAGGUGCACCCGCAGAAGCACAUCCUCAGCUCCAGGGAUACUCAGUUCGCUGCCCUGCAGAGGGCUGGCCACGGCGAUAUCGUAGAAACUCCGCAGGGGAAGACCUACCUAGUCCACUUGACGGGGCGCCCCAUCACCCAGCAACGCCGGUGCGUUCUCGGCCGUGAAACCGCCAUCCAGGAGGCAUUCUGGAAGGAUGAUUGGCUCUUCGUGAAGGAUGGCCCCGUCCCCUCUCUUUACGUCGACGUGCCCGGGGUGCGAGACGACACCAAAUACUGGGCGGAGCAGCGGUACACGUUCGAGAACGGGCUGCAUAAGGACUUCCAGUGGCUGAGGACACCCGAGACGGAGCGUAUCUUCUCUACGCAAGGCGGCAAACUCGCCCUGUUCGGCCGAGAGAGUAUCGGCUCCUUCUUCGAGCAGGCACUGGUCGCGAGGCGGCAAGUUCACUUUUCUUACGAUGCCGAAACUGUGGUCGACUUCUCUCCGGCAGACGAGAGACAGUUCGCUGGACUGACGGCAUACUACUGUCGCUACAACUUCUUCUACCUAACAGUGACUGCGCAUUCUGAUGGCCAGCGCGAGCUGCUCAUCCUGACCUCAGAGAUAUCUUGGCCGGAAGGCAAACUCGAGAUGCCUCUAGCGGAUCCGGUGAAGAUCCCUAACGAGGGGAAGGUGAAGCUGGCGCUGACGAUUCGUGGACGCGACCUGCAGUUCUUCUAUGCUUUGGGAGGAGAGGAGCUCAAGAAGAUCGGGCCAGUCUAUGAUGCGUCUAUCCUCUCGGAUGAAUGUGGUGGUCACCAGUCCCAUGGAAGCUUCACGGGGGCCUUCGUGGGGAUGGCCUGUUCCGAUAUAAACGGAACCGUGCUGCCAGCCACCUUCGACUACUUCACUUACCGUCCUGUUCGUUAUGAGACCGACCGCUAUGAGGUAUAAUGCUUGGCUACAUGCUCGGGACGAUCAUUGUACAGAUGAAUCCCCAAGGUCCGAGGGGAUGAAAAUGUGCUAUCUUGAGGAGUUGUGACGAUAGCUCUAUGUAAGUUAGGUUACCGCUUCACGAGCCACCCCUCCACGGGCUACCUAAAUUAAGCAUUACCUAGUAACUACUACGUUAAUAAUUAAAGCUAUUUACAUUAUUAAAAU